CCGUCUAAUGGAUUCUGAAGAACAGUAUUGGAUCAGCCGUUAACCGAUGCACAUCAUCAUCAUGUUCUUAGUGUUUAAUGUGGUGUUACUCGCAGUUUCACAGUUAUGCCUGUGUCAUACUCAAUUGAAAAUUAUUAAACCUAAUGUUAUUAUUGCAUUAAAUUCUCGCACUAGUCCACCAAAAUUGCCAUUAGAUGAGAGUUUUAAUGUGACAGAAAAGAAUGAAAAUAUAACUAAACCUUUCUUACCAAUAUGUUGCCCAACUGGUUUAUAUGUUAGAUCAGGAAAAUGCCGAAAUCAAACAGAAUUACUUCUAGACGAUCCACCAUUACCACCAAUUUACAAUGACAAACUUGAACUGUCUAACAAAACAGGUGAUGACUUUCAGCUUCAAUAUAACUUGCCAUGUAAUUGGGGACUUUAUAUUCUUAAGACAAUUCCACCGGAUAGUGAUGAUUAUUAUCUACUGGAAAAUGGUACUCUUUACCUAAAUAAAUCAUUUACUGAACAAUCAUAUAGUUGGCUGACUCAAAAUGAGUAUUGUAUGGCAAAUGCAAUAAGCGAGAAUGGCACUAAUUAUUCAGGUGUAGGUAUAUGCUUUAGUAAAGAAGAAACACAAACAGAAGUACCACUCUUUUAUGCAAUUGGAUUUGCAAUAUCCACACCAUUUUUAGCAAUAACUUUUUUGGUAUAUGCUCUGCUUCGGGAACUAAAAAAUAUUCACGGCUUAACUCUAAUGGCAUAUGUCGCUUCGCUCUUUGUAGCUUAUGUAGCUCUGGUUAUCGUCCAGUUUGGAAGUCAAGCUGUUAUCGAAGCUAAAACACUCUGCAUGACACUGGCAUUUAUAAUCCAUUUUUCAUUUUUGGCAAGUUUUUUCUGGCUGAACGUCAUGUGUUUUGACAUUUGGUGGACUUUUGGAGGCUUUCGAUCAAUGCAAGGAAGCGUAAGACAAAGUGAACGAAAGAAAUUCAAAAUUUAUUCAAUUUAUGCAUGGGGUUGUGCUAGUAUAUUAACAAUGGUUUGCUUGAUCAUGGAUUUACAUCCAAAUAUACCAACCACUUUAAUACGACCACAAUUUGGAACAUCUGCCUGUUGGUUUAUGACUGAAAAAGCCAAAGCUAUUUAUUUUUACGGUCCUGCUGGGGUGACUUUUAUUUGUAACAUAAUUCUUUUUAUAUCAACUGCAAUAAAAAUUAUUCAUCAUAAGAGAGAAACUGCGGUACAACUAAGAGGUAGUGAUAGUCGUCGACAUGAUGAUAAUAAACAAUGGUUCAAUCUAUAUUUGAAGUUAUUUAUUGUAAUGGGAAUCAAUUGGUCAAUGGAAAUAGUCUCUUGGUUAUUUAAAGAAAAAGUACCUGACUAUGUAUGGUACGUGACAGAUUUAGCAAAUACUCUACAGGGUGUGAUAAUAUUUAUUAUCUUCGUGUGGAAAGAAAAAAUAAAACGACUACUACUUAAACGGCUGGGAUUUAGAAACGGGAGUUUUCGAUCUCGUAAUUCAACUAGAAGCGGAUAUUGCAGCUCAACAUCAAGAACUGGCACCUCAAUGGCUAUGGGACCUCUUCAAGACAGAAUUAAUAGCAAUCCAGAGAUGAAUCGUUUAGCUCAAUCUAGUGAAGAGAAUGAUGGUACAUGACGUUUUCAGAGAAAGUAUUUUUAAAAUGUGACAUUAAGAUAUUUUUUCACUUAUAUUCAACAUUUGUAUAAUGUACAUUAUUCCAUAUCCUGUUUUUACAUUUAUAAUUUUUUUGCCUGAUGAAAAAAGUUUCUAGUCACUAAAGACAGAUAAAUUUGUACCAUUAAAUCAAUAAUUGUAAUGAUAAUAAUAAUAAUGACAUGACAGUGAAUAAAGAAUCUCACAAACAAUA